GUGGUACCUGCGCAUGACGAUGAGUCACCCACAAUUCAUGUGCCUGCGUGACGCCCAUAUUUCGCGAACGUUUCAUCCUGCUCCUAGAACAUUCUUUCUCAGCGCAGGGACCUGUAUAACGAUCGAGAGACCUAAGUAAAAUCAAAAAGAAUCUGUCCAACGCAGGUACACUUUUUGAAGAGAUCGCGGAGAAAGAUCGACCGAUCGAGCUAUACAGACGUAUAUAAUUUCGACAGGACGCUGGAAAAAAAAAUUCGGUCAGUAUAAGUCGAUCGGGCUUUGUGGAAACAAAAGUCAUAACGUCACAGACGCUCACAAUGGCAGCGUCGCUGAUCGUAAAAGCGUAUUUACAGAGGGAUGAUGAAGGCCAGUCUGAGAUCCGAAGAUUUCCUUUGCGAGUUGAGCUGGGACAGGACAGAUUCAAGGCACUGCAGAGGAGGCUGGUCGAAGUUUUCCCUGGUCUCAAAAUGGGGCGUUUUACUCUCCAUUGGAAAGAUGAAGAUGGUGACUUGGUGAAGUUUUGUAGUCAGGAUGAGCUUCAGCAGGCACUGAAUAUGGUGAAUGACGGUGUGCUUCGCAUCUAUAUCUCAGCAGACAGCACUGCUGAAGAAGCUGCAGAAGUAGUUGGAAAUGCUGAGGGUGAUGGUAAGGAACCACCUACACGCACAUUUAAAUGUCCAUUGCCUCAACCGUCUUGUGGAAGAAUACGGAUGCACCCUUCCUGGCAUAUGCAUGGAAUGCACUUUAAAAAGAUGAAGAAAAUGGCGAAGAAAAUGGCGAAGAAUAUGAGGAAAUUGGGGAAAAAAAUGGCUCGCAUUCAACACAGGGAGCUCAUGAUUCUCAGAAGUCAGGUUCCCCCUGCAUUUCGCUCCUGGGUUCGCAAGUAUAUCAGAGUCUGGAUCACAGAUGGGCACCUUGCAGCUGCAAAAUUGGAUGGCAUUCCUGAGGGAGCCCCACCAAACUUUAGAGAAUGGCUGGUUGCCUAUCUGGAGAAGAUCAGCAAAAAACAAGAGGGACAGGCAUCAGGGUACACUGAUACCCUGGAGCAGGACAUUGAUCUGCCAGUCUCACCUGAAGGACUGCCUGCCAGCUAUUAUAGGUGGCUAUGUCUUUAUGUGGAGCGCAAUUUUGCAAAUUACACCCAGGAUUCAUCAGAUAGUGACACAAGCAGCAGUAAUGACAGUUUUGGGCCAAGUGUCUGGCAAGAAAGAGGCCGUGGUCCAUGCCACUGGCACAUGCAUCACUUUAGAAAUGGUCACUGUUUGAUGAAAGGCAAACAUGGGUGGAGUGCACCUAAAUCUGCUGAUGAAGAGAUUUCAAAGAAGCAAAAACAAUGGAAAAAAAUUCCCCCAGAACUUCGCAAAUAUUUGCGAUUUCUGAUGAAGACCCUUCACAGAGAAGAGAGAAAAAAACACCAGGAGAAGAAAGAGAUGGUUCCAGAGGGAAUGAGCUUAGAGGCUGUUAAAUUCAUUCAGGAGUUUGUCACAGAAUGGCACUCCAAGCUGACUUCUUUGCCUCCACAUGAAGUCUCCAUUGCUAUGGCAAAAGACGAGUGUACAGGUCUUCCCAAAGGAAUUGAGAAUGAAUACAUCCCAUGGCUGUGUCAAUUUUUGGCACGCUGGCAUCGCAGACAUGCUGGAAAGUGUGACAUGAUGGCUGCUUGGUCAAGUGGGGAUACAUCUGAUACAAGUGAAGAUGAACAGCAGGCUUCAGCAGAUGCAUGCUACAGCAUGCACUGGCCAUUGGGAAAGCUGCAAAGAAAAGGCAAGAAUCAGCACUUCACAGAUACACAUUCAUUCCCACCCAGUUUUGGCCACCAUGGCAUGCACAUGCCAUCUUUUCAUGGCCCUCAGUUUGGUUUUCCUCCUCCACCCCCACCUCCAAUGGUGUACCCUGAAAGGGUACCUACACUCCCUCCAAUGAUAUACCCUAAUAUAGCACCUCCACUACAUCCUCCUCCCUCUUACUGGGAUCAGGUGCUUGAGCUGGAUGAUGGUUAUCAUUUCCAUGGAGGAAGGGGAUGCUGGGACCAAGACCAGUCACAAAGAAGUGUAUCUGAAGUGACUGAAGCAAUGAAGAAGAUGUAAACUGGACAUCAUCUGUCCCUAGAGGAUGACUUUAUGUAAGAAAACUGAUCAAAGAAAACUGAAUUGCACAAAUCAUGAGUCCAAGUUCACAUUUUCUCAUGAACUCUAUUUUACCACAAAAGAGACAACAUGCACAGUUUAAUUUCCACUUUGUUCUUACAUAUAGAGAAAGGAUUUCUGUUUCUUCUUGUUAUUUUAAAUUAGUUUUGCAAUACAUUGCAAGGUUACCUUCUGAAUCUGCUCUGUGCUUAUAUUUUUUCCCCCAUAUUUAAUUCCAUUUGAUGUUACAUUCUUUUGUGUAGCUACAAAAAAAUUUUAUGGCAAUGCAUAAGCAUGUGUACUAAAAUACUGUAAUAUGUUUGUGAUUAGUGAAAUUUUCUUUGUAAUAAAUUGCGUACCAAUAGGCACAUGUGAAAAUGCAAUAUACACUCAUACUUCAGUUAUUUCCUUGCAUGUCCAGCACUAGGGGACCUAUACAUGUGCUGUCAAAUAGAUAAUCAGCCAUUCUGAACAAAUUCUCAUUUCAUUUUGGUUUCUAAUUUUGUUUCUCUUAUAUUUCUCCAGGUGACAAGCCAAUUGUUCUUGUACAAAUUUCAUUUAUAUGGAUUUGAAAUAUCUUGAAAAGGUUACAAAUAUCUGCAGUUUUGUUACCUUUAUGAUAUGUACAGUCUUUGAAAUUGCCAUGGAAUUCUAAUUGUUAAGUCUGUGAAAAAAGCAUGCUAAUCUGCAUUAAAAGACUGGUCGACAUUA